AUGAAGUUUGUACACAUGGUUCUGGUGGCCAUGGUAGUUGUUUUUCUUAUGAACAUGCACUCAUAUGAGGCAUGCAGAGUGUUGCAUGGGGAAGAAAACUUGACGAUGAGGAUGAAGAAAGAUGUCCUGCAAAUUAGGGGCAGUUCUAAAAUUAAUCCUCCCUUCUUCCCUUUGAUCAAGCGAAUGCUUAGUCACCGUCCUGUCCCACCCCAAGGCCAUAGUCCGAUUAUCCCUAGAAGUAGAGUACCAAACAAGAGCUAG